AUGAGAGUGGUGUGGGUAAGAGGCGUGAAGAAGAAAUUAUUGCUGCAGGUGAUGCACCUGCUGAUCUCGGGUGACACGAGGCUUUUGGGAGCAAAGACUGGGGUUGUUCGUCAUACUCAUGAGGGAGAGAUGGGCAACAACCAGACGAAGGCGAGUCUUGAGGUUAGCAUUAUCAAUAGAGCACUUAAUCGAAUGGGCAAUGAUCUCAGGGAUGAUGCCAUGCUUAUUUGGACGAUCAGGAUGGGUGCCAUGUAUAAGAAGGAUGCGAACGACGCUUGUGUGGCCGUUUGCAGCAGCAAGAUGAACUAUAGGAGUGGCAAAGUCGCACAAUAUUUGAAGGGAAAAACUUACCUUGACGCAUCAACACCUGUUGCAUUUGAUGAAAAGAUCAACUGCUGGAAGCUCACGUACUCAGCAGACCUAAGUGAGAUGAAGUCCAAGGUGGAGAAGAAACUUGCAGGAGGCCAGAUGACCUGGGUGAACUUCACAAAUGGAGCAGAAGCUCGGAGAACAUCAGAUGUGACACCAUCACCCGGAGUUACUCAGACUCCCACGUCUUACUAA